GGUCCGUGGCUGGAAGAAUGUGGCACACCAAGACUCCCGAAGCUGUGCCAUUCAGCUGGACUGAUGCACCGAGUGAUUCGUUCCGUGGUCGCUUCUGGCCUUGCCUGCUAUGCUGGACUGCCGCACACGACUCAAAGCAUCGACUUAUGCAAGUUGGGCCUUGGGCCCUGGCUGACUGGGUGCGGGUUGCCUGACCGCUCCGUGCCUUCCCUCCUCGCUCUCAAAGUUCAGCCGACGAGUUUGUCCCUCGAAAGACAAUGCGACGCUAGUCCUGGCCAUCCCUAUUGUUGCAUCGUAUAUAUGGUCAGCUCCAACUACUGUUGCGAGCCUUGGAACCGCAACAGCGAGCACCUCGUCCACUGUCUAGCCUCACCUCUCGUCCUCCUGGCUUCCUGACAGCCCAAUCCACAGCCUUCCCAAGGCUCAUCGACUGCGGAAAAGACUAUUUGGCCGUGUUGCUGCCCAAAACCCGCAUUUCGCCGACAACGCCUGGCCCUCACCUGCACACCCUCUCUGCUGCCCAUGCAGGUGGCCCC